UGGAGGGGGGAGGGCAGGGAGGGGCAGGGGAGAGCUCAGAGCAGAGCAGCAGCUCCUGUGCAGAGCCCAGGGCGGGCACAGCUUUGGCAGCUGGAGCCUGCCUGCAGCUCUGCUGUCCCUUCCUCCCUCUCCCUUCCACAAAGGCUGAGCCCAAACCCCCCUGGUGCCCCCCUGGGAUCCCUCAGGGCCGUGCUGCUGCACUGGGUAUCUGUUGUAAGAUACCUCAGCAGGCCAGGAGUAAUAAACACUUUAUUUAAUAAUCUGAACUGUGAAGAGUUUGAUUCAGCUGAACCCAACAAAGGAGCUUUUGGUGCUGGUUUGGUUCCAAGUGCCUCUUGUGCGUGGAAAUUCUGCAUUAUUGUGGGCUGGGGGUGAGGAGUUCCACCCUGAGGGCAGAGAGUGAAACUCCUCAGGUGCUCGGGUCCUUGGGAAGCGCCCCCAGCUCUUUUUAAAGUGAUUUAUUGAGCAGUUCAGCUGUGAGACUGGAGAGGAGCGCAGGAGGCUGCGUGUGCCUGCUCUCCACAUGACUUCAAUACCCUGUAACAAUUACCAAAUUACUAAUGAACGCCACGGAAAUGAGGCGGAAUGGGGCAGUAAAUUGGGGUUUUGGGGCGAUAAUUCGGGAUUUUGGGGCGGUAAUUUGGGGGUUUUGGGGCAACGGCCUCCUCCCGCCGCCAGGGGGCGCUGCGGCACCGGGCUCCCCGCGGUGGCCCCGCCCCCUCCCGCGCGCACCAAUGGCCGCCGUCCCCCGCGGAGUUUUGUCCCCGCUGCCGCCCCGUAGCCCUGACACGUUUCCAUGGAGGAGCGGCGCGCGUGGCGCCGGGGGGGGCGGAGCCAAGGCCCGGCCUUAAAAGGGCCGCGCCCCUCACGGCGCUGAGCGGGAGCGGCGGCGGCAGCGGCGGGUGAGAGACCGGGGAACCGGAGGGGAACCGGAGGGGAGCCGCGGCUGGACGGGCAGGGGGACGGCUGUGCUGCCCUGCCCUGCUUCCUUCGGCACGGCCAGCCCGACCCGCCGCGGCUGGCGGUACCCGGGGCUCUGGAGUCAUUCCGGUGCCCGGUUGCGUUCCGCCGCUCGGCCCCGGGACCCCUCCGCUCGCUCCCGGGCCUGUCCCCGCUCCCCGGCUGGAACCCGCGCUGGUUCUGCCUCCCCGCCCUCUCCCCCCGGGCCCAGGCGCUGUUUCCCGCAGCCCCGGGAGGGCAGUGUCCCGGUGCGGCUCCUCCCGGGCCGGGGUCCGGUUCCUGCCCCAAGCCCUUCCUGCGGCGGGGCCGGCCCGGGAGGGAACGGCUGCAGGGCAGAGCUGGUGCCCUGCGGAGACCACCCCGAUUAAUUAAUUAAUGAAUUAGCUAAUUAACAGUGAGAACUGCUGCCCUGAGGGGCACAGGUGAGCCCAGGGCUGGGUUCACCAGGAAGAGCCCGGGCUCCGGGAUGUGCCGCCUCCGUGUCCGGGAGGUGUGACCGGCCCUGCCCCGCCCGUCCCUCGGGCAGGACCGACCUGCCGGCCGCGCUGCCGUGCCCAACCGAGCCGUGCCGGGCCGUGCCGUGCCCAGCCCGCGGCUCUGGCGCUGUCCCCGCAGGGAGCCAUGGCAGAGACCAUCCUGGUGACGGGCGGCGCUGGCUACAUCGGCAGCCACUGCGUGCUGGAGCUGCUGCAGGCGGGCUACGUCCCCGUGGUCAUCGACAACUUCCACAACGCCAUCCGAGGUACGGGAGCCCCGGCCCGGCUCCAUCCCCGCGCUGGGCUCGGCUCCGGCGCCCCUCACUCCCCUCCAUCCCCAGGCUCCGAGGCGCUCCCCGAGAGCCUCCGGCGGGUGCAGGAGAUCGCGCACCGGCCCGUGAUCUUCCAGGAGCUCGACAUCACGGACGAGGCGGCGCUCCAGGAGCUCUUCAGGAAGCACCGUUUCUCGGCCGUGAUGCACUUUGCGGGGCUCAAGGCCGUGGGGGAGUCGGUGCAGAAGCCUCUGGAAUAUUACAGAGUGAACCUCACCGGGACCAUCCGGCUGCUGGAGACCAUGAAGGCCCACGGCGUGAGGAACAUCGUGUUCAGCAGCUCCGCCACCGUCUACGGGGACCCCAAGUACCUCCCCCUGGACGAGAAGCACCCGGUCGGGGGCUGCACCAACCCCUACGGCAAAUCCAAGUUCUUCAUCGAGGAGAUGAUCUGGGAUCUCUGCAGAGCAGAGAGGGACUGGAACGCCGUCCUGCUGCGCUACUUCAACCCCAUCGGCGCCCACGAGUCGGGGAUGAUCGGGGAGGACCCUCAGGGCAUCCCCAACAACCUCAUGCCCUACGUGGCUCAGGUAGAGCCCCCACAGCCCUUGGGGGUCACAGGGAGGGGACGCAGGCGCUGGGGCUCCACGGGGCUGUCCCUCUGUGCAGGUGGCAGUGGGACGCCGCGAGUUCCUGAGCGUCUUUGGGAACGACUACAAGACGGACGAUGGAACGGGAGUCAGGGAUUACAUCCACGUCGUGGACCUGGCCAAGGGCCACAUCGCUGCUCUGAAGAAGCUCAAGGAGAACUGUGGCUGCAAGAUCUACAACCUGGGCACAGGCACCGGCUACUCCGUGCUGCAGAUGGUCCGGGCCAUGGAGAAAGCCUCGGGGAGGGAGGUAAGGGCAGAGCUGCAGGCUCACAGGCACAGGGCAGCACUGCCCCCACAGGGCCCUGCUCCCCCCCAGCAGCCCUGGCCCCGUUCCCUCAGCCCCCCCCGGAGCCCCCCAGCCCUCGGUGCUGCUCUCCCUGCAGAUCAAGUACCGGAUCACGGCCCGGCGGGAGGGGGACGUGGCCUCCUGCUACGCUGACCCCACGCUGGCCGAGCGGGAGCUGGGCUGGAAAGCUGCCUUUGGCCUGGACAAGAUGUGUGAGGACCUGUGGCGGUGGCAGCUGCAGAACCCCACGGGCUUCAGCAAGAACUGAGCUGUGCCGAGGGCUGGCCGGGCCCAAGGCUGCUCUGAGCCAGCUCUGCCUCCUUCCCCGAGGACUGUCACCAUCCUGGGAGGGCACUUCCAGCUCCCCCUCCUGCCUCUGGCACGGGGCAGGAAGGCUGGAGCAUCCUCAGCCUCUCCCCUCCUCAUCCUCAUCCCCCAGGUCUUUUCAUCUCACAGAGCAGAACCACAAGGAACAGAGAACAGAGCCGGGGCCUGGUUUGGCACCACGGGCAUGGAAUGCCCCGGGGCUGCAGCCAGCCCGGGCUGGGAGCUCCUGAGCCCUCCCUGUGCCCUGGGCAUCCAGCACUGGGACAGCUGAGUCCUGCUGAGCCCAACCUGCAGCAGAGCCCCUGUUCCCCCCUGGCACAGUGGGAGCCCGAGGCACCUCUGCCCCUCCCCUGGCACCAGGAACUCCCACAGGGACCAGUCACAUUCCAAGGCUUCCUCCAACCCCCCUUUUCUCUACCCCCAGCAUGGUUUUGGGGACCAAAUCUCAUCUCCCCCUCUCCUGCUGAGCUGGAGAAGCCCCUGCCCAGGGCUGUGCCAGCCUGGCCUGGCUGCCCACAGCCCCCUGGGUGCCUGCUCUGGCCUCCUGUGGCAGCCACUCCCCAGAGCCCGUUGCCAAAGGCUGCCCAGGAGCCAGCUCUGCCCCUGUCCCACACUGCUUCUAUUUAUUCCUGGCAGCUCCCAGGGCAGGGAUGACGCAGCCAGCCCCGUGUGCUGUCGGCUGGAUGAAUAACUUAUGCUCCUAAAUUAUGAAUGGAGCUUUUGAUUUGUUUUUAAAAUAAACUUUCCUACUUUCUAA